UAUAUUUUUGUUUUUGCAGUCGUCGUUGUCUUUGUGUUUGCUGUCGCCGUUUUCUGUUGCCGCAUCUAGUACGAGCAUGUUAAUUAGUACAAUGAAAAUUCUAAUUGCAUUGAUUUUAAGUCUCAUGUUCACAAUUUCACUGCUCAAACUUGUGUUGUUGUUUUGGAACGAGUAUCCAUCAUUGUUGAUGCAUGGAUUUCGCAGCGACCCCGCACUACCCACCGUCGACCUUUGGCUGCAGCAGAAUAAUCUAACGGAUUAUAUACAAUUAUUUCAAGAUAAAGGCAUAUCAUCCCUCUCAAGUUGUGGCGAUCCGGAACGCCUACCAGAACUGCCGCCCGGCGAUGAGCAACGUCUACAAAGAGCCGCUUUACACUUACAACAAAAACUAAUAUUGCGCGAAUGGCUAAAAGAUCAUCGUCUCCAACAUCACUAUCAACGUCUACUCAAUGUAGAAGUAGCUUCCCUCGAAGAUGUCUAUUGGCUGGAGGAUUCCAGAGCCAGUAAGAUAUUAGGCAAAGAUUGGCAAGUAUGGUCACAGGCCAGACAAAAUCUGCCAACCUCCAAGUCUCAGCUAGAUGCCCUAAAGGCACAGCUGUGGUCAACGGUGGUGAAAUCAUCACAGCAUCAAGAUGCUUGGACUUGGGGCGGCAUGCUGGUGGUCUCGGUCUCCGUGGCUGGACUAGUGACACUGGCUGCCAUGACCCAGCCCUCUCUGGCACCAGAAGCUCGCCAUUCUUUGCUGCAGUAUGUAACGGGUAAAUAUCUACUGCCGGCCAAUUGUAAAGUGCAAUGGGACUGGAAAGAUCCGGCUGUGGUGGGUGGUACCAUGUGUUUUGUGGUGCGUUUCUAUCAACGCAAUGGCCAGCCUUAUCCCAUCUGUGAUACAGAUCAAUUCUUUGUUGAGGUUACCGAAGGUACCCGCAAAAUGGUUACCAUCAGUGAAUUGGGUUCACCGACAGAUCCCAACAAUGCUAAUAUAGCCAAAGUCAAAUUUACCGUACGCACGGCGGGUCAAUAUAAAAUAUCGGUAAUGAUUGGCUCCAGCCACAUUGCAGGAUCACCGUUUAUCAAGAAUUUCAUACCGGGCAGCAUAGAUGCCCGACGCUCGAGAUUUAUAAGGCCCGCCAGUACGGUGAUAUGUUGUGCGGGUUCACCGACAUUGUUGCAUAUCGAGCCAAGAGAUGAGUUUGGCAAUGCCUGUCAGUUUGAGGAAAAUGAAGAUCCAGGAAAGGGUUAUCAUGUGGAAAUCUAUGAUUUACAUGGCCAACCUUUGGAAAAGUUACGCAAUGCCAUUGCCUUUUCAUAUGAUCGCGUGAAUGCUCGCGUUGCUGUGACAGCUUUAUUUCCGGAACCCAUUUGCCUGCGUGCUGUUAUUAGUUAUGUGGAACAAAAGCUACCCAAUGGAGACUUUGAUAUUAUAGUAUUAAGCAGUAGUGACACCACAUUGGUGCAUAAAAAUAUCGCUUCGCGCAAACACAAUAUUUGCUACGAAGCAAAACUCUUAAGUAUAUUUGGAGCGACCAAGUCCAAGCCUCGCAAAGUCCUCUGCUAUGUAGGGCCCAAACAAAACUCUUUAAUAUUUCAGGUUACAAUCAAAGAAAUGAUCUUAAAAUUUAUACCCAAACGUAUUGCAACAUUCCGUCUAUGUCCCUCGACCAAAUUUCAUUUUCUACCCCAACUACCCACUCAUGUUCAUGGGCCCAUCUUUAUUAUAGACGAUGGCGCCCAACCCAGAAUAGAAUUAGCCUCACGUGAUCGCAACAUUAUAGCGGCCACUUUUACUCACUUUUUGCUGAAAAAUAUUGGCGGCUCGGAGACGUUUAAAGAUAAACAGGAUUUCUUUUAUCAUGAAGUACGAAAAUUUCAUGCGAAUUAUUAUCACGAGAAAUUGGCACUGAAAGUACUGAGAGAGAAGAUAUUAGAGAGCAGCAUGAAGUCUACGAAAAAUUUCUCCGUUUCGGAUUGGUGUGGCAAUUUUGAGGUGACGUUUCAGGGAGAACAAGGCAUUGAUUGGGGAGGCUUACGACGCGAAUGGUUUGAACUUAUAUGCAGUGCUUUAUUUGAUCCCCGUGGUGGUUUAUUUUGUAGUUUCCAUGACAAGCACCAGGCCUUGGUGCAUCCCAAUCCCCAUAGGCCGGCUCAUUUAAAACUAAAGCAUUUUGAGUUUGCUGGCAAAAUAGUGGGCAAGUGCUUAUAUGAAAGUGCCUUAGGAGGUAGCUACCGCCAGCUGGUGAGAGCUCGUUUCACCAGAUCCUUCUUGGCACAACUUAUAGGUUUAAGAGUACAUUAUAAGUAUUUCGAACAAGAUGAUCCUGAUUUAUAUCUUUCGAAAAUCAAAUAUAUACUGGAUACCGAUUUGGAUACUACCGAUUCUUUGGAAUUAUAUUUUGUGGAGGAGAUUUAUGAUUCCAGUGGACAAUUGACCAAAACUUUGGAACUCAUACCCAAUGGCUCUAAAGUGAGAGUAACAAAUUCUAGUAAAAAUCAAUAUUUGGAUGCUUUGGCCCAACAAAGACUUUGCAAUAGUGUUAAGGAUGAGGUGGAUAGCUUUUUAAAGGGUUUAAAUGGCAUUAUACCAGACAACCUUUUAAGUAUAUUUGAUGAAAAUGAAUUGGAACUUUUAAUGUGCGGUACUGGAGAGUAUUCUAUAGCCGAUUUCAAGGCCCAUCAUAUAGCCAAUGGUAAUUCCUCAGAAUUCCGGCGAGUUUUAGCCUGGUUUUGGGCGGGUGUUAGUAAUUUCAGUCAAACUGAAAUGGCACGGCUCUUACAAUUUACAACAGGCUGCUCACAACUGCCACCAGGAGGUUUUCAAGAACUAAAUCCACAAUUUCAAAUAACAGCAGCCCCAACAUUUGGCAAUCUACCAACAGCACAUACCUGUUUCAAUCAACUUUGUUUGCCGGACUAUGAGAGUUACGAACAGUUUGAGAAGGCCUUGCUGUUGGCUAUAAGCGAAGGCACCGAAGGCUUUGGCAUGGUCUAAAAAUGCUUAUAUAUACAUUAGAUAUUAAGGAUUUGUGAUCUCGUUUUUGGAGUUCUAAAUAAGUGUGUGUUCCUUAAGUUUAAUUUGUAGUUACUAGCGUACAAAAAUGCUUUAAAUUAGUUGUUUAAGCAAAAGACAAAAAAAACAAACAAACAAUUUUUAAGAUUUUGUAUUAGAAAAAAUCUUAAACGCUUUUUUGCUGUAAGAAAUUUUAAGGCUCUAAAACUUAAAUAGGAUUAAAAAUAUAAAACAAAAAACUGAAAAAUACUUAAAAUAACUGAUAAAAUUUAUUUAUAAUAAUCGUUUUAAAAGCAAUACAUACGUAAUUUAAUAAAAAAAACACAAUAUUUUUUUUUGGACAUAAAAAACAUUUUCAAAAACUACACGUCCUUGAAAACUUUAUUUUUAAAACAAACCUGUAUUUAUCAAAACUCGAUAUUUUAAAUAAAACCUAAUAAAUUGAAAUCAUAAGUAGACAACUAACUCAAACUAAGUAAAUUUCGUAUAGUCUUUGAUCGUUUAAGUACACCUAGAGAAAACAAAAUCGUAUCAACAGCAAAUAUUGUGAUAAAUUGUAAAGAUACACAUAACGCAAUAUUAAAUUACUUUCAAAUUUAAUUUAUUUAAAACAUAAUAUGUAUAUUUUGUAGCCUCUUAUUUUUCAAAUCUCCUCCUUUCUUUCCUACAA